AUGGUGGUUUUGGAAAAACUGCAAAGAUAUGGUCCUCGGCAUAAGACCCUGGUUAGAGCAAUGGUAUUAUGCUUUGUGAUAUACAGCCUAUACUUUCUUGGUUUUAACGAAACGUAUCAAUCUAUUGACGAACAUAGUCAUGAAGUUGCACAGAACGAUGCCAUCGUGCAACGUUCGAAGUUAAUGUCCGCUGGCAACAGAGUAUUCAACUGGAAACCUAAGGUGACCUCUGAUGAUACAAGCUCAAAGUGUCAGCCACAGAGAAAGUUGGUUUACCUCAGACUCGUAGAGACCAAGUGCUACACAUUUGGAAAUAUACUUAACCGAUUUGGGUAUCACAAUGGACUCACGUUUGUAUUACCAGAUACUUCAAGAUCAGCUGUAUUCGACUUUACCGAACCCCUGAGUGAAACUAUGAUUGCACCGUUCAACACACAUGACUACGAUUUACUGGUACACUUUGCCCGGUACAAUCAUUUGUUAAUGCACCAGCUGGUUCCCAACGCACGAUUUAUUACAAUGAUACAAGAACCUUCACGGCAAUUGAGAGCAUCGUUUUUCUUUUUCAAGAUGCAGUAUCGCUGGAAGUUGAGAGAGAACUUUGAAUCGCAAACCUUUCCCACGUUUGUGCGUGAUGCAUCAAAGUACUACUACACAAAUGAACCAUACAAUUGGUUAAUGAAGAACGGCCAGCUCUUCAUGUUAGGUUUAGACCACAAAGACGAACUAGACGCCGACAAAGUCAAACAACGAAUCGGUGAAAUCGAAUACCACUUCGAUCUUGUUAUGAUCAACGAAUAUUUCGACGAGUCCUUGAUUCUUCUGAAAAAAAUAAUGUGUUGGAGUUUCGAGGACAUUCUCUACAUGCCACACGAUGCGUUUGAGCACUCCUAUACCGGGAUCAGCUCAGAAACAACGAGAACAGUCGAUCAAUGGAGUGCAGCAGACAGACGACUCUAUUAUCAUUUCAACACAACAUUUUGGCGCAAAGUCGAAGAAUAUGGAGACACAUUUCAACAGGACCUUCAGACGUUUAGGUUAUUAAAUGCUAAUGCUAUCCGAGCAUGUGCAACAAAGAAUCCACCACAUCUAUGUACGUUGAUGGCAACUGAAGAAGAAGAUUUUGUUGAGGAAAUACGGAAUCAUCAACAACAGCUCUAUGGUUUUCUGCCCUAG